AAUCACUUGUAUACCUUCCGAGAGUGGAGUCAAAAUUGGUGUCCGUCAAAAAGAAGGCCUAGUUUUCCUUGUACAACUUGCGGUAUAAAAAUCAAAGCAGUAAGACAAAAUUUCAAUGUAUUUUAGCAAUUCAUAUGGAGGGUGAUCUUUGUACAUAAACCUCAGCUGCAGGCAGAAACAAGACAGGAAUCAUGAAUCCCACAGAAAACUCCAUCGAGACUUCUUCCAAUGAAGAGGAUGAUCAUCGCCAGUACGCGAUGCAGCUAGUGAAUGCCUCGGUUCUGCCCAUGGUGCUGAAAGCAUGCUUUGAACUCAACUUGCUUGAGAUCAUUGGUGGAGCAGGCCCAAAUGCCCGCCUCUCUGCUUCUCAAAUAGCAUCUCAGGUUCCUUGCCUCAACCCGUUUUUGCUCGACAGAAUGCUUGGCCUUCUAGCUAGCUAUUCCAUUCUCAUGUGCUCAGUUGUGGACGCUGGAAAUCAUAGCCAUAAGGUCAAUCAGGUCGAAAGGCUCUACUCUUUGGCUCCCGUCUCAAAAUAUUUCAUCCGCAACGCUAAUGGAGUCUCGUUGGCCUCCAUGUUUCAAGCAAACCAGGACAAGAUUAUGAUGGAUAUGUGGUAUCACAUGAAAGAUGCAGUUAUAGAGGGCGGGCUACCGUUUAACAAGGCCUAUGGAAUGAAUGCUAGUGCGUACAUAGUGAAGAAUCCAAGUUAUCUCCAGCUGUUCAGAGCCUCGAUGAGUGAUUAUAACACCAUGUUUAUGGAGAAAGUAUUGGAGACUUACAAAGGGUUUGAAGGCCUGAAAUCCAUCGUGGAUGUGGGCGGUGGUGAUGCUAGCAUUCUGAACGCAAUACUCAGCAAGUAUCCAACCAUCAAAGGCAUUAACUUUGACAUACCUGCUGUCAUAGAAAACGCAGCUACUUAUCCACGUAUAGAGCAUGUUGCAGGAGAUAUGUUCAUAAGCAUUCCGAACGGAGACGCAAUCUUUCUCAAGUGGAUGCUUCAUUCUUGGGACGACGAGCAUUGCGUGAGGAUACUGAAAAAUUGCUAUGCAGCAUUACCGGACCAUGGGAAAGUAAUGGUAGUAGAGCUGGUUGUUCCGGAAUCCCCUGAAAGUACAGUUGAUGUUAGAAGUAAACUACAGUUUGAUUUGAUCCUGAUGAACAUGAAUCCUGGAGGAAAAGAAAGGACAGAGAGAGAAUUCAAGACUCUGGCAGAAGCAGCCGGAUUCUCAAAUAUAGAAGUAAAAUGUUCUGUCUACAGCUUUUCCUUAAUGGAGUUCUACAAAUAGAUAGUAUAGGACCAAGCGAUGUAUUUGAAGUCAUUAACUAGCAAUAAAGUUCAAUUUAUUUGCGAUCUUCAGCAAAAUAUAUACAGAGCAGAGACACAGUCAAGAGAUAUACAUCGAUAGAUCCCAAGACAGAAUAAUAAUUUACAGUUUAAAUGGUAUAUACAUAAAGGUGAAAUGCCGUUUACUUGCAGAGAGUAUAAUUAUGCUGCUAAUGCAUAUACUUUCUUUUUAACAACUGAAAGUUUCUUUAAGUGGAAAUAACAGCAAUAAAGAAAAAAAUUCAAGAGGGACGGAUUUAGACCGGAUAUAAGAAAAAGGCUUCCAACAUGGAGAUUUUCUACAGAAAGUGGUUGCUUAUGAAUCAGAAAAGCAUAAAGAGACAGGUUACU